ACCCCCCCCCCCCCCCCCCUCCGCCCUUUCCCGCACCGGGCAGAGACAGGAGCAGCGGGGCCACUCGGUCACUGCCGGCCGGCACCGAUCCGGGUGCUGCUCCUGCACACCUGUGCCUGCUUUGCACCGCUCUUCUCCUGGGCUCCUGCUCUGUAACCUCUAAGAACGAUAUUUCCUCUCGAAGCACACAAAUACCAUCUCAGAAAUAUGCUUGAAAACAGCUAAGCAGGAAACAAAUACCAUCAAACCAACAAUAUUAAAGAAUCGGUGCAAAGUAAUAAAAUACAAGAACGUGUCUCUUUUGCCCUAGAAAUCUUUAGAAGCAAGAUAAGUAUCAAGCACCUGAUUUUUUUUUUUUUUUCCAGUAAAUUUCGUUGUAGUGGAAUGAUGUCAAUGGGAGAAAACUAAAAUACCUCUUUCAGGCAGCUCUGGACAAAAUGCACGGCUAAUUUCUUUCACUUUUAUUUUUCUCGUAGCUUAUUGCUUAUAAUGAAUCCGAAAUGGUUUGCAUUGCUAUAAAGUGUCUUCAGAAUCUUCACUGGUUUUUCUCUGGUGUCCUCAUACAAUAUCAUACAACUUCUUGCUUUGCUAAGACCAACAGCUCAGACACAACAGCUAGCAGCGAUUUAUUUCACCACUAUCAGAAAAAUUGUUGAUGCUUGUCCUGGUGAGGAAAACACCAUCACCCUCUGAGAUCAAGUUUUGGAGUGAUUCAGCUCUUCUUCAUGUUUCUCAUAAAAAGACUGAGCAGUUAACAUAGUUCCUCAUAGUCAUCUGUUGACAAUGCCAAAAUACAAAGCACACUGUCAGUAGAAAUAACCUGGGGAAUCUCCAGCUGUUCCAGGCACCUUGAUGUGACCCAAGCACUGUUGCCCUGGGGGUGACAGCAUGCUCGGCUCCUGUCCCCCAUGCUCCUGUUUUGGGGUCACCAGCUUCGCAGUUAAGAUGUGCCCAAGCACCACUGCCUACUUUCAGUACGCACUGGGAUUUUCUCCACCCCUGGGAGUCUGGGGCUCAGCUCCUUUACAAAGCGGUUGCUUUAUGCACCUCUGAAAAUCUGCCUGAGGGUGUACGGAAGCGCCCAGAGUAGGCAACUGCUUCAGAAAAUAACAUUUGCAUGCAAAAUUUUUAAUUUUCCAGAGAAUGAUGCUGAGCAAUUUCUGGGAUUCGUGUUAAUAGACUUUUGAGGGGAAACAUUAUCUGCGUGGCUGCCAGUAAUAUUUCAAGAUGCAGACAGAGCUGAAAGCAGGACUGAAGUUUCCCGGAUGGAAGUGUGAGGGCAGUAUGGGGGCAAUGCCACCUCCCCAGCCCCGCAGAGGAGCUGGGGCUGCCUUUCCCUCCAGUGCUGACUAUUUCCGAGGGCUCCGGGAGCAUCUCAGCUCUCAGAGAGGCUGGGGGCCUCCCUGAUGAACAACUGAGAGGGCUGGAACUUGACAGCAGGAGAGCAAGAUGAAUGGUUGUCUCCCAGUGAGGUGGCUGUUUCCGCUGAUGUCCACAUGACAACUAGGGAAAAAAAUAAGAGAUCUGUUCACAAGGCAUUUUCAAGACAAAAACCUAAGCUUAAUUUUUGCAACUCUAAAGAACUGAAGUACUGUCCUAAAACUGCAGGCAUCUGGUGAGCAUCAGAGGAAUGUCUGCCAGUCUUGGCUUCAUCUUCUGCUUCCCUGCAGCCACGGGACAGAGGUGGCUGGGAGCCCACACUUGCAGCCUGGAUGACGACAGGUCUCUCUGCUAAAAAAAAGCAAGGAAGGGGAGAAAGAGGAAGGGGGUCUCUGGCUUCUAACACUGUCCUGGGCAACGAGAGAUUCAUUCUGGGGCUGGUAGAGGAGCUGCAGAUAGUGCAUCACAGUGCUAUGGGAAAACAGAAACUGUCUGAGCAGUGUUUGCCAUGGUGGAGGUCUUUCCAAAGCAAAAGCAGGACAGCUGGGAAUUUCCACCCACUGAUGUGUUUAAUCUCUUUUCCCCAGGGUAAGGUUACAGUUGGUUCUUCCAGCUCGGUUGUUACAGCUUCAUUACCACCCCAGUACCACCCCAGACACACAGCAAUCAGUGAAGGGGAAAUCUUCAGGCUACCAGGCAGGCUCAGAAUCCAGCCCUCACUGUGGAGCAAGGACGAUGUCAUCCACUGGCUCAGAUGGGCAGAGAAAGAGUAUUCCCUUCGACAAACCGAAGAAAGCAAGUUUGAAAUGAAUGGCAAAGCACUGUGUAUCCUUACCAAAGAUGACUUCAGAUACCGAGCUCCUAGCUCAGGUGAUGUGUUAUAUGAAUUACUCCAGUACAUUAAGACUCAAAGAAGAGCUCUGGUGUGCAGCCCUUUGCUGAACUCACCUUUCCAAGAGGCCAGGACCACAGAGGAAGGGGUGGACUGUGGUGUGGAGGCUGCCCCGGUUGCUCUUUCAUCCUGCCUGGGUCACACAGAGCUGUCCUCAUCCCGCAGCUGGGAGGAGCCCCUGAACCUCUCCCAUCACAACCCGGAGGGCAGCUGCAGGGCAGAUUCCGUCUGCUCAUUUCCUACAGCCCUGUCAGCACCAGUGGAUGGGAAAAUUGCAGAUUGCAGGUUACUGUGGGAUUAUGUAUACCAGCUCCUCUCUGAUAGUCGAUAUAUGCCCUACAUCAGGUGGGAAGACAAGGAAGCCAAGGUCUUCCGCAUCGUUAACCCAAAUGGACUUGCCCAGCUCUGGGGGAACCACAAGAACAGGAUGAACAUGACGUAUGAAAAGAUGUCACGGGCACUCAGACAUUACUACAAACUUAACAUCAUCAAAAAGGAGCCGGGGCAGAAGCUGCUGUUCAGAUUUCUGAAGACUCCUGGGGAGAUUGUCCAUGAGAAAUCCAGCAAACUGGAGCAGCUGGAGAAUGAGGACCAUGAGGAUCUCAAAGAAGACCCACUGGAGGUUUCAUCAUAGGAAGUCUUUGAAGGUUGCAUUUGCAGUGCUUUGCAGAGGGACUUGUUCUCUGCUGGGGAGAACCAGCAUCUCCUGCUCUCCUGGACAGAAGGCCACAGAGGUGGUCCUGAAUUUCAAAACCUGCCCUAAGUCAUAGCUAUGACAUCUCUGGAGCUUCACCAGCAAAACACACCCAAAAACUAUCCCCAAGCCCAGAAAGCACAGGUGAAUGUGUGUGCUGGUCUUCUGCUCACUGCUUCUUCCUCCUCUGGCAGGGACAAUGAUAUUUUUGAUAAAUCUUGAUGCUUGUCUUUAAGGUCCAAAUGUGCUGCUAAAGACUGCUCGGUUAUUGCAGCGAGAUCUGUUGAGCAGAGAGCACCGGAGCAUGUGCUCUGGGUUGAACACCUGCCAAAGCAAGUGGUGACCCUGAGUGUGGACGUGCUGCUCUGAAUCUGAGAUGUUCCCUUGAUUUGAGAUCAGACUUACCUUGCAGAUAUGCCGUACAUUGUAAUCUGCCUCCUGUAGAGCCACUUCUGUGGUUAAGGAUGGGAAUGAGCUGAAGUAUCUGCCUGGAUCAGGCCUGGUUGGAACUUCAGGCUGUGCACUGUGUCUUGUUUUGACUCCCUUUAACCCUUUCCCUCCAUUUAAUAAUGCUUUUUGUAAGUAGCUGACUAAAUAAUGUGACAAGAAACAGGCCAGUAAUGUACACAAUCACAUUUAUUGUCA